AAUUCAAAUGCAUCAACAUAACAAGGCAACAUUUACACUGGAAGGAGGAGAAAGAAAGAGUCAUGAGAGGGAGAGCAACGGUUAGGGACUACGGAGGAAGACAACGGGAAGGGCGGAUAGCUUGGAGUUUAGCAAGAUUCAGAGAUUAUGAAAGAAGACAACUGGGAAGGGAGAGCAACAAGGAGUAUCGAAGAUUGACGGUGGAGAUGGUCAAGGGCGAUUGGUUUCUGGUGACCCCCAAGGAUCAGAAAUUGUUGAGGGGAGGAAUAGCAAUGCCACACAGACGAAUGCUAUGCAGAUGUUGUGAAGGGUCAAGGUGGAAUAAGAAACAGAGAUGUAGUCAGUGUUGUUAUGUGGGCAUGACUCGGUCAAUUGAAAUUGUUCCUAUGAUUCAAGAAAGACUUUACAUGGAAGGAUAUUUCUCUUGCAAGACCCCAACCAUGGGAGUAAAGAUGGUGCUACUGGAUUGUGGAGAUAAGAAUGAACAUAAGGACCUAGUGGAGAUAGCGAGUGACUGGCUGGGGCAAUGGUUUGAGGAGAUCGACCCUAAAAUCCGUUUAUGGUGGCAAACGAAAGAUGAUACAUGGUCUUUUGAUGAUGGAACAGAUGAAUUAUACACAAACAGUCAUGAAGGGUGGAAAGAUGUAGAUGGAGGAGAUGAUGGUCUAGUUACGAGAUACCAAUGGGCAAUGAAUGCAUUGGUACCAACUGACCGAGCAGAAAAAGUGGAGGCAGAGAUUAACGAAGGUAGAGAAACAGAAUUUGAAUUUCAACGCGGUGGUAAUUCUAAGCAAGAGGAAGGAUCUAUUGGGCUAAAUACAAAUGGGCUUGAAGAACUUGUCUCGGGUUUGGCUGUUUCAGGCCAUGGUUGCAAAAAUAAUGGAUCAGGCCGAGUACAAGUGGAAGACCCAAGCAGAGAUUGGGAGAGGGACAUGGAGACCAUCAAAGAAGAAAGUGCAGCAAAUAAUGCUGUUAGUGCCAAACAAACUGAGCAGGAAGAGAAUUCUGCAGAUUUGCUCGAGAGAGAACGAUCUUUCUGGGAAGGCGUGGAAAGCGACUCAGGCAUAUUAGAGGAAUGGAUGGGCAGAGGAAUCAGAAGAACAAGCAAGAAAAAGGGAAGAAGUUCCGAUUCUGCAGAGCAGUGUAUGGACAGACAGAGAAAUCAAAAGCAAUCAAGAAGAAGAGAAUGAGACCCGGCCAAGUAGAUUAUACAAGGCCAAGUAAUUAUAAUGCAUACAUGUUGAUGUACGGUCUUGAGAAAUAUGAUGUUUUUAUACCGAAUCCAUAUAUGCCAUUACUUUCCUCCCCUCCCGGUCAGAAAUAUAUGUGAGAACUUGAG